CUUAUUGUCCACUUGGCUUGUUAUAUAUCCCUUUCCCCUCACUUUCCAUCUCCCCCUUCGACCUCUUUAGGUUGCAAACCAAUCACCACCACUCUAUCCGACCUUUUGUAUUGAAAUAUUGCAAUGAUUUCGAUUGUGCGCAACGCUGUCGCCUUGGCUGCUGUUGUCUCGUCUGUGCUGGCUCACAGCUGGGUUGACUGCGUCAAGUACGACCCGGUCAACCAAUCGUGCCUCGGCUACCCGCGCGGGUACCCGGGGCGGCAAGAUGCCAACAUCAACACCGAGUACACGUACCUGUUCAGCGGAUCGCCCUCUUCGCAGGCCAUGUGCAAUGACAAGCAGCAGGCAUCGAUGAACUACCCGGGCAACUUCAAGAUGGCGACGGUGCAGCCGGGCGAGACGGUGUACACGACAUGGGAGAUGAACGGGCAUCUGAACAACGAGAGCCCGACGACGAUCAAGGUCCUGUACUAUCCUGACUCGUCCAAGGAGUUCAUGGAUGUGAAGGAGCGCGACACGUCGAUGGUUGCUGGCUCGAUGGAGUUUGCGACGAACGGGAACUGCUACAUCCCGGACAACCCGAACUCGGUGUGCUUUGGGAGCUGGAAGGUGCCGCAGGACCUGGAUGCCCGGGCAGACAUAUCACUUUGUGUGGUUCUGGUACUUCAACGCGAACCCUGCCGGCCAGUGGUACUCGUCCUGCUUCGACCUGAAGGUCGAGUCCGAGAGCCACGUCGUCGAUAGCUCCAAGUCCAUGGGUGAGCUGCUCAAGAAGGGCCAGCCGUCGCUCAGCUACGUGUAUGGAUUCAACAGCAAGGUCGAGGCCCAGGUUGCCGAUGUCACAUCGCUGAGCCGCUAUGCCCAUGCUGCCAACACAUCGACCUCCGCCGCCCCCAUGUCGACGCCUGCCCCGAUGACCUCAGCCGCCCCCAUGGCCUCUCCUACCGUGUCGCUCGACGAUAACGGCCGGAACCCAGACCCCAUGGCUGCUUCUAC